CAUUCUGUCUGCAGUCACUCUUGUUUGACUCAGUUUAGGAUAACACCAACGUUAGUCUUGACUCUCCCUCCAGGGCCAACCUGAGAGUCUUGCAGGAGUCUUAGGACCCCUGCUGGCCUGGGACCCUGAGAGAGCUCAACCAAUUACAUCAACUGCAAAACUUUGAGAAAUGGUGGGCUUCAGUAAAGAUAAAUAAACUGCGGUGUUCUCAGGAUGCAUACAACAAAUACAUUGUCAGGUUGAGGAAGUGGCCAAGACCAACAAGUCUUAAUUUCCAUAGAGGGAGGAACUGAUAAAAUCACAGGAACAGAGUUACAGAGGUUGAGGUUUACCACGUCAAACAAGAUCCAGGACAAGGGUAAUGCAGUGAUGUCCCUGAAACAAUCAAAAACAUAAAACCAGGCCGUAGCAUACUGGCAGGCAAAGCUUACAUGGAACACCAGAGCCAAGCAGAUGAAAUAGUGGACAACAAUGUGGGACAGACCAGCAAGAGUGUUUAAGAAUAAUAAGGCUAAGAUUGUGUGGGACGUGCGAAUCCAGACUGACAAUCGGGUAUUGUGAAUUUAGACGAAAUAGAAAAGAGAACAGCCAUGGCAUAUAUCGCAAUCCCAAGCAACAUCAGGAAGAAGGAACAUAGGAAGCUUGAGAAAUACCAAAGGGUCAAAGAGGAAAUAGAGAAGUAGUGGGGGGGUCGGGGUUUGAGUGGUGACAUUGGUCAUCAGAAAGUAAACAAAAUUAAAAACCAUGUGUUUAACAGUUUUUAUUUUACAAAAUAGUUUUUGUAAAAACAAAAAAAAAACAAUCAAAACCAGGUGUCUUUUCCCUUCUUCUUAUCAACUACUUGAUUCACUGCAAUAAUUUGUCUCAGAAACUUCCUAACGUGUAGUGGUAUCACAAAAUGUUAAAAUGUUUGUGUGUGUUAAACUUUUAUUAGGCACUGAAAUGAAACUGCGUUCUGAUGUUUAUCAUUCUGACCGGGCAUCAAACCUUUUCUCACAACAGUUGAACUACUAGUUUCUUGCAAUCUUGAAUCUGUUAAGCAACACGCUCAGAGAAAGAGAAGUGAGAAGUUAUAUUCAGCACAGAGAACUACGGAAGGGAGAUGAUAAGGUCUGUUUUUACAUCCACACAAGAAGAAAACUAACAAUGGAGGUGGAUUACGUUGAAUACGAUGAUUACACUCCAAACAAUGAAACUACAAACCUCCUGCAACAAUCAGACAACUCUCAGUCCUCUCUGACUCUUGUUAUUGCCGUGGUCAACAUCUUCAUAUCGUUUCUUGGUCUGAUAGGGAAUGCUUUGGUGGUGUGGAUCUGUGGGUGUAAAAUGAAAAGAACGGUCAUCACCACCUGUUACAUCAGCCUGGCUCUUUCAGGCUUGUUUGUUUGUAUCUUUUUGCCCUUUAACAUUUUUUAUUUGCUGACCUCAAACUGGCCUUUUGGGCAGGUUUUGUGCAAGUUCACCUCCUCUGCUUUGUUUCUCAACAUGUACAGUAGUGUGUUUCUGUUGGUCAUAAUCAGCGCUGACCGUUGUGUCCUUGUUUUGUUUCCUGUGUGGGCAAACAACCACCGAACGGUGCACAAAGCAUACGGAGCCGUCGCCGUGAUGUGGCUUCUCGCUGGACUACUAACACUUCCUGCGGCAAUUUUUAGAACCACCGCAGUCCAAGAAUCCAUCACCAAGUGCCAGUUGAAUUACACCUCCAUUUUCACAUACAAGGCUGUGGUACUGGGUCGGUUCUUCUGUGGAUUUCUUGUUCCUUUCUUGAUUAUUGUACUCAGCUGCGUGGUGAUCGGUGUGAAGCUGAGAGCCUCAACCGUUCGAUCCAAAAGGCCUUAUAAAAUCAUGGUGGCACUCAUCCUGUCGUUUUUCUUCUGCUGGGUCCCCUACCAUACUUUUGCCCUCAUGGAAAUGAACCUUAAGAAACACAGGCUAGAUGUUAUUGAGGCUGGAAUAAAAGUGGGGAACACCCUGGCAGCAGCUAAUGCCUUCAUAUCCCCCAUUCUCUACGUGUUCAUCGGCAAUGACUUCAAGCGAACUCUGAAGCGCUCUGUGAUGUCAAGGUUUGAGGAGGCGAUGGCUGAGGAUAUCCGCACGACUGGGUUCAAUCACUCAAGAUCCAAAUCAAUGGAAAUAAUUCAAACUCACACUAUUUCCUAAAAAAAACAACAAAAAAAAACAUAUUGUAUCUUGAUCUUCUUUAAGUUGAUUUAAAUCUUUAGCUGUGAAAAACACAAAACAUGUAUUUUUUAUUUAAACUUUUUGAUGGCUUUUAAUUAUUUUUGCUAUCCUUUGUAACUGAAACAAAUGCUGUGGUUGUAACUAAAUGAAUUAUCUACAAUAAACUGUUGUUCUAUGCACUAAAAA